UUUUCGCUAGGAUUAUAUUCAAAUACAUCAUUCACCGUUCAAUCAAUAGUCGUUGGUUCAGUUGGAGUGAUAUAGAUGUACAUGGUUUACUCACUAUGCCACGUCUGAAAGGAACAGUUGUGUUCUCAGCGUUUGAAAAAGAAUUCUUCUUAGCAUUAAUUAAAAAGAAUGAGAAGGUUAUAUUCAGAAAGGCUAAUAGCACGAAUGAAAUACUUGAAAAAGAAAAGGUCUGGACAAAUUUAACGACGGAGUACAAUUGCAGGAAAGAAGUCCAUCCAAGAAGCACUCAACAGUUGAAAGUUCUUUGGAAGAAUUUAAAGACGCGAGCAAAAAGCGACGUCGCGGCGAUUCGGGGAAAGUUCUCGGAGACGGAUAGGCACGCAAAUAACGUCAACCAUAUCGGAUAUCACCCUGAACAAGUAUGUUCGAUGGUUAAGACUGAGCCAUGCAGUUUUUCAAACGAUUUCACAGACGAUACCAAUGUUCACCACGACACAGUAAUUCCUGAAGCAAGACAUGAGGAAUUCAGCGAUAACGGACAUGUCGGAACGUCAAUCGGUUCAAGCAACUUGGAAAACAUUAUCCAUUCAUCUGAGUUUUUGGGCCAAAAUUCUGUUUCUUCCGGCCAAUCUUUUGCCACUGAUAUACAUUCAUUGUCUCAACCUGCCAAGGUUAUACAAACACCCUUCCAUGUAUUCAACCCAAGUGUUGAAAUUGGUAUCCUGGAGAAGCAUGAACAUGAGGUCAAAGUUAAACUCCUACUUGAAAAACAUGCUUAUGAAAUGGACUCGUUAAAAAUGAAAAGACGCCAUGAACAAGAACUUUUUGAGCAACAAAUGAAAGUUUUGAAAUUGCAGGAAAAAGAAAUGAUAUGUAAACUGUAUGUGUAACGUGAUAGCUACAUCGAAGCAUAUAAUCAUAUAUCACGCCUUCAACAUGAAUGACGCACCGCCGGAAGUCGAGGUCUGGUCACGCGGUGACCCCAUAUUUUGCCAUACCGGGUCACUUAGUCUUAAUACAUGUAUUGUACCCAAAUGACGUCUAUUUUCCGAUCAAUGAAUGAAGCAUGUCUCAUAUAGUGUUGGCUUCUGGAUCAAUGUAAACAGGUUGUUGACGUGAUAUAUACGUGCUGGGUCUAGUAGGUGACCCGAUAUGAGAUAUUCAGGGAAGAGGGAACCAUAUUCGGGUAUAAGCUUCGCUCUCAUCCAUUACGGUUUCCUUUGCCACGUAUAUCCCAUAUUAGGUCACCUAUUAAACCCGUACUUUAUAAUAUCUAGUUUAUUGUUUGUGAUGUUCAAGUUAUUGUUUGAGAUUUGUUAAUACAGUGAACACACUACGCACAACACUUUAAAUCAUAAGUGUUCAAAACAUGUGAUUUUACGGCAUAUGUAAACAGAAUGUUGAUGGAUGCUACGGCACAUUUGAAGAGAAAGUUGAUGGAUAUUUCGGUACAUGUACUAUGGAUGUUUCGAGCAUUGUUCAGCUGGACAUGAGAGUUUUUCACUAACCAUUAUUUCCAAAACUUUGUUACAAAACCAAAUCCAUGAUGACCGAAUUAGAACAAGGUAUGCAUACGCAAAAGAUAAUUAAGAACUAUUCGGUAGCUCAAGCGGAUAAGCGGAGCCAGCAAAAUAAGUAACUUAUUUGUAACAAUUUCACGCUUUGAAUAGCAUAAAUUGUUAAAUAGGAAUUUGCAUCUUAUAUAUAUGCAGUCAUCCUUCAUCAUCUUUAGAAAUGAGAGCAAAUCUAUAUUGUCCGGCUAAAAGAAUGUUCAAAAUACGUAUACGUCAAAUAAGUAUGGGCUUCAUGAAGCCAUUCACGCUCAAAAUUACAUAACUACAUUUGGUUUUGCUUAUUAUAAGGUACGACUGUAUAUGUAUAUAGUAUACACUUAUUUGAACUUUAAAGUUUGUUUCAUUUACCAGUGAGAAUUAAACAUUUCGGA